AAAAAAAGAAAACCACAACAAUGCCAAACGAAUCCUUAUAUUCAAAUCAUACAUGGGCUCCAUUUUUUAAUGAGCGAUAUGAGCUCGACAUGAUACUAGUUUAAUUUUAUAACCAUGUUUGAAGCACAAUCCUAUAAUACGUGGGCCUCCAAAAUCUACCCCGUAUCAAGCUUUACCUCCCAUGAAAUAUUCCCGACAUGCUAAGCUUGGUUUGGUAACAUAAGCCAUCAACAUCCGAAGCAUUGAACGCAAGAAUCUUAAACCGCGUAAAAAUCACACCCAUAAACAGAAUUAAAAUCGUACACUCCAUUCCCACGUUAAUUCCAAAAUCACAGGGCACCAAAAUUCCCAAAUGAAUAAAUUCCUGAAUACUUUCCAUUUCAAGGCCGUAAGCGGUAAAUCAUCCACCAUUACCCCACGUGACGUAAUCAUUCAACCAAUAAAAAUAAAAAAAAUGCUGCGCUGGAUACACUUAAUACCUUCCACGUUGACCUACAGUCCAAAACGGUGUGACAACUACCCAAUCACGCCGUCCCACGUGGCCAACCCCGUUACUUUCUCAUUGAUUUGUUUUAUUCUUCCCUUUUAAUUCACCACAUAAUUGAUUAAUUAAAAUUAAUUUCAGAUUUUUUAUUUUUUUAUUUUUUUAUUUUUUUUUUGCAUUAUUCCAAAAUAAUCUCCGCCAUCGCUCCAAAAAUCCAAAUUUUGAUUCGGUUUUUCGUCGUUUUUUUUUGUCGAAAUUAUCCCAAAUUGUGUUCAUAAUUGCUUCUAGGUUUCAUUACUUUCUCCAUUCAAUUGUUUGUGAAGUAUAUGCAAAACGUUUCAUUUUUUUUUUUUUUUUUUUUUUUUUUUUUUAAUUUUUUAUUUUGUUGCAAUUUGGUUCGAAUUCAUCAAUUUCGUCGGAAUUCAGCACCUGCAUAUUGUAAUCAUUUAAAUUCUGCACAGAGCGGUCUUUCACAAUGGCUCUAUGAUAUAGAAAUUAUUCUGAUUUUCUCAUUACCAUGGUAAAAUCUUCCUGUUAGUGGUUUAAAAUGGAGAUAUCUGCUCUAUUGACCUCGGCCGGGAUCAAUAUAGGCAUUUGUUGUGUGCUUUUUUCAUUAUAUUCCAUAUUGAGAAAACAGCCAAGCAAUAGAAAUGUAUACUUUGGACGUAAAUUGGCUCAGAUGCGAUCAAAGCGUAGUGAUCCUCAUUGGUUUGAGAGAUUUGUGCCUUCUCCUAGUUGGAUUGUAAAGGCCUGGGAGACAUCUGAAGAUGUAAUAUUGGCUGCUGGGGGAUUGGAUGCUGUUGUAUUUAUGAGAAUGCUUGUAUUCAGUAUUAGAAUUUUCUCAAUUGCAGCUAUUGUGUGCACUGCUAUUGUGCUUCCCUUAAAUUACUAUGGUGAAGAAAUGCAGCACAAGCUCAUCCCUGCUGAGUCAUUGGAAGUGUUUACCACUCAGAAUGUUAAAGAAGGUUCUAGAUGGCUUUGGGCUCAUUGUCUUGCACUGUAUAUCAUUUCGUGCUCUGCGUGCAUUCUUCUCUACUUUGAGAAUAAAAGUAUUAUUAAGAGGCGCCUUGCAUACAUUAAGGGAUCUUCUCAAGAUUUAAGUCAAUUUGCUGUACUUGUUCGCGGGAUACCUUGGUCUGCAGAAGAGUCAUAUAGUACUUCAUUGAAGAAUUACUUUACGAAGCAUUAUCCAUCUUCUUAUCUUUCACACCAGAUGGUAUAUCAUUGUGGAAAAAUUGAGAAGCUGAUGAAAAAUGUCAGGGAGAUGUACGAUGUUCUCUAUCAUGAUAGCAUUCCUUCCUGUCACUCAUGCGGUCUUUCAGGUGGAGGGCGUCCAAAUGUAUUCAACAUUCUUGUUAAUGAACCAGAAAUUAUUGAAAAAGGGAGGCUUGAUUUGCAAGACUUGCGUGAUAGAGGAAAGCCAAUGCUGGACUAUGAAGAGCUAUUUUCACUGGGAAUUUUGUCCAAGGAGUGUCCAUCUGCUUUUGUGUUCUUUAAAACCCGCUAUGCAGCUGCUUGUGCUGCACAGGCUCAUCAGUCAUCAAAUCCUAUGUUGUGGGUCACGAAUCUGGCCCCAGAGCCACGUGAUGUGUAUUGGCCAAACCUAGCUAUUCCAUAUAGGCAAUUCUGGUUGCGAAGGACAGCAACACUUCUGGCUACUGCGGCUUUUCUGGUCUUCUUUAUUGCUCCAGUUACUCUUGUGCAAAGUUUGGCUAAUUUAACACAGCUCCAGCAGGCGUUUCCCUUUUUGAAAGGACUGCUAAAGAAGCCGUAUGUAAGCCAGCUGGUUACAGGGUACCUACCCAGUGUCAUACUGGUAUUGUUUUUUUACACCGUCCCACCAUUGAUGAUACUCUUUUCAACAAUUGAGGGGUCAAUUUCUCGUAGUGGGAGGAAAAGGGGUGCAUGCUGCAAAGUCUUGUUUUUCACCAUUUGGAAUGUUUUCUUUGUUAACAUUGCAUCUGGAACUGUGCUCAACAAAUUGAACGUCUUUUCCCAACCAAAAGACAUACCUACACAACUAGCAGCUGGAGCAGUGCCUGCAGCGGUCAAGUUCUUUAUGACUUAUGUCUUGACAUCAGGUUGGACCAGUUUGGCAUGUGAAGUUGUGCAACUAUGGCCUCUUCUCUGUAACUUCAUCUAUAAAUUCAUCCUCAGAAAGAAUCAUGGCCCAUUUGAUGGAGAGUACACCUUUCCGUAUCAUUCUGAAGCACCUAGAGUCCUUUUGUUUGGACUUCUUGGUUUAAAUUUUGCAAUCUUGGCACCUUUGAUGCUGCCAUUAUUGCUGAUUUAUUUCUGUCUUGCUUACCUCGUGUACAAAAAUCAGAUUCUCAAUGUUUAUAUCACGGAUUAUGACAGUGGUGGUAAAUAUUGGCCGAUUGUCCAGACCUCAACAAUAUUUUCUUUGGUGAUGGCACAAAUCAUAGCUAUGGGAGUCUUUGCGUUGAAGAAGUCGCCAGUAUGCUUAGGAUUCACUAUUCCAUUGGCUAUAUGUACACUGUUAUUCAAUGAAUAUUGUAGGCGGAGAUUUCUCCCCGUCUUCAAAAACAUUGCUUCUGAGGUUCUUAUUGAUUUGGAUCAGCAAGAUGAGGAAAAUGGGAGGAUGGAGGCUAUAUAUCAACGGCUUCAAUCUGCCUAUUGUCAAUUGGAAUGGCUUGCAUAUGGUAGCUCCAGACCAAAAACAAAGUACUUGUGUAACGAUGAAGACAUUAGGCACACUCAAGAACUUAAGUCAGAAAUUGAAUUUAGUCAAGAAAUUACAUCAGAUGAAUCUGUAGAUAGACCAAGGCCUGCAAAUCACAAGACAGACGUCGAAUCCAGUCCAAUUAGAUAGUACAUCAUUAGGCUAUAUGAUUGUUUUUUUUAUUCUUCUUCCAUUUUUGAUAUCCUGGAAGUGUACAGUGGUAUAGACGUAUAGUGGUCAUAUCUGGUUGAAUCAACGCUUGUAAGAGCAAGUUGAUUCACAAUAUAAUUGUAUAGGCUUGUAUAGGAUUUGAGGCAAUACUUUUGUUCUCUGCUUCUUUUGUUCAAUUAUACAAACAAGACUCUGCAUUCCUCCAGACCUCCACAUUACCAGGUUGCAAUUUUCUUUUCUGGUUUAUUUAUGGAGCUUAUACGUUAUAUACAAAGAAAAAAAUGGAAACAGAAAAA